AUGGAUUUUGCUGCACAUUUAAUUAUUUCAAAAGUGUUUUUAAAACCAGAGCCUUAUGUUAAUCCAAGUGCUGGUCAAUUGAGUGGUUUGACUGUUGAAUUGAAGCCAAAAUUAAAUGAUUAUUUUUUUCCUUUUUUACCAACAACAGGAUUUAAGAUAACAAUAUUUAAUCCUGGUGAUUAUCCAGACAAUACAAGUGGUGGUGUUUCAGAAGUAUUAAUCGCACCAAAUACAGAAUCAUUUAUGAAACUUGAUGCAAGUACAUUUUAUAGUACUGAAGCUGUACGUGAUAUUACAUUAUCAUCACGUAAAUGUUUAUUUUCCGAUGAAAGUACUGUAUUAUCAGCUGGUUAUACAUACAGUGAUUGUCUUGUUGAUUGUCGUGUUAAUGAAAUCAUAAGACUCUGUGAAUGUCGUCCUUUUUAUCUACCAAGACGUGGUAAUAAUGAAAAUGCACAACGUGUUUGUGAUACAAGUGAUGCAAAAUGUUUACAGCAACAUAAAAAACAAUUGUGGUCAGUUCAACUUCAAGGAAGUGUUAAUCCAGAUGCAAAUGAUGAUUCUUUAAAUUGCAGACAUUGCUAUCCAGCAUGUCAUGAUGUUAGAUAUACACUUGAAAUAUCAUCAGCAAAUUUAGCACAGGAAUCAACCAUGGGAAAUGCUUCGAUACUUCGUGUAAGUAACAGCAGUCUUGUUCAUAUUUAUUUUCCAAAAUUUGGGACAAUUCGAUUGAAGCAAGACAUCGGUUACUACUGGUACGAAUUACUGAGUGAUAUUGGUGGUACUUGUGGUGUCUUCAUCGGCUUCAGUUUAAUCAGUGUCAUUGAAUUUUUUUAUAUCUUUAUACGUCUAAUAUGGAGUACAGUUAAUCAACGUAAAAAAAUUAUUGAAAUAUCAUCUAUAGAAACAGAUGUAAAUGAUAAUAAUCAUAAUAAUUCUGGUAAUAUUUAUUGGUCUGAAUUAAUGACACAACCAAAGAAUACUCACAGUGUGGUGGUUCAUAAUAGGCCUAAAUUUCGACGUUAUUAA